AGCCUAGCGAUCCAUGCCGAGAGGAAGGCGGUGCGAGCCCGCGCCAGCGCCCAGCUCCCGGGACAGGGCCGGCAAUGCUGCUGAGCAGAACUUGAUCGCGCCCCUUCCUCGCUGCUAGUGGAAGCGAUGCUGCACGGCACAGCCAGCCCUUCCCCGGCUCUCCUUCAAGCUGAAGGUUACCGACCCGCGCAGCCAGUCCUAACCCUGUGAACAGCGCGCCUCGGGUCCCGGCUCCGGCUGCUCCGCGGCGGCGCGCAGGGCAACGAGCGGGCCGCCCGCGCCGGGGCGCACUGCACCAGCGGCUUCGGCUUGGUGGAUGUGUAUGCAUGAGUUCUGCACCGAAUGGGCGCAAAAAGCGCCCCAGCCGGUCCACCCGCUCCUCGAUCUUCCAGAUCAGCAAGCCCCCGCUGCAGAGCGGGGAUUGGGAGCGCAGGGGCAGCGGCUCCGAGAGCGCCCACAAAACCCAGCGAGCCCUGGACGACUGCAAGAUGCUUGUCCAAGAGUUCAACACACAAGUGGCCCUGUACCGAGAGUUGGUCAUUUCUAUUGGGGACGUCUCAGUCAGCUGCCCCUCAUUACGGGAGGAAAUGCACAAGACGAGAACCAAAGGCUGUGAAAUGGCGCGUCAGGCACACCAAAAACUGGCUGCCAUCUCAGGCCCAGAAGAUGGUGAGAUCCACCCAGAAAUCUGCCGGCUUUACAUCCAGCUGCAGUGCUGCUUGGAAAUGUACACAACAGAGAUGCUAAAAUCCAUAUGUCUUCUGGGGUCUCUUCAGUUUCAUCGAAAAGGAAAGGAACCUGGUGGGGGCACCAAGAGUUUGGAUUGCAAAAUUGAGGAGAAUGCCGAAACACCUGCCCUAGAAGACUCCUCGUCUUCCCCCGUAGAUAAUCAGCAACAUUCCUGGCAGGUUUCCACAGACAUAGAGAACACUGAAAGAGACAUGCGAGAAAUGAAAAACCUUCUAAGCAAACUCAGGGAAACUAUGCCUUUACCAUUGAAAAAUCAAGAUGACAGCAGCCUUCUGAAUCUAACGCCCUACCCCUUGGUUAGAAGACGGAAGAGAAGGUUCUUUGGGCUCUGUUGUCUCGUCUCCAGCUAGGCGACUCCUCCCGGAAACCCACGGGGAACACCAGAAACAAAAAUUACAAAACCUGAGGACCUCCAGACAGCUGAACCACACACUUAUUGGUUUUGACUCUGUUUUCUAUGCUUCCUUAUUUUAUCUGCUUCCUCCUGCCCUUUUAAAUGAUUUUACACUUGAAAGCAGCUGCCGUCAAGAAAAAAAAGAAAAAGAAAAAAAAAGAUUAAAAAGCAGGCUGUUUUUACAAGGGAUUUUUAAAGCUGACAUUGCGCAUGUCUGCUCCAAACCAUGCCGUGACAGAUGCAAGAAUUAUGAUUUUUAAAUUAAAGGUUUUUUUAGAUGUAUUAUACAGAGACAAAUUCUUUCACAUAUAAUAGUAUAUCGAUAGCUCUUGCUGAUCUCAUGCUAACAAUUUAUCCUAUAUGAAAGAAGUCUUUAAACAUAGAAAUCUAUUUAAAACUAUGAAACUGUGUUCAAAACUCCAAUCUAUCAAUAUCAUUAGACAUAAUAUUAUAGGCAAACAUAAACCAUCUUACCUAUUGCUUUCUCUGCACUCAUUUACAUCUAGUCUUCCAUUCUGUCAGAAUCUAAGUGCUUCGACAUAAAAAAAAAAAAACCUUAAUUUAUAAUGCAACAAACGCCACAUCUGAAAAGUACUUAAAUUCUGUAAAUAUACGGUAAUCCUAAUACCUUCGUACAAUGCAUAUGGGCAACUAAUUAUCUUUUGAUCCAAUGGUGUCUUUUUCAGCUUCUUGGAGAAUGAAGUAAUCCCGUUAGGAAAUGGUGUAGUAACAUAUACAAUUACCCUCAGAUGUAAAAUUGAAUAUUAUCACAUUUUGUUCUAACUGAAAUCUGAAGCAUGGUGUCUGCACAUCAGCAUAGUGUUAAAUCUUAUAGGGCAUGCUGGAAUUAGCUCAGAUCGUAAAAAUAUUUAACAUUUUACAUUGUUAAUAAAUUUUUUUUAGUUAAGCUAAGCUCGUCUCAUUUAGAGGACUAUGCAGAUAUGACUUUUCCAAUGUGUACUUAGUGUCUUGUCUUAUGCUUAGAAUCUUGAAAGCAGGACACAUUCAGCAAUACUAUAUUUUAGAAAGGAGGAAGCCACAUGCUUUGUUUUUCUGCUCACAGCUUUGUUAUCUUCCUCCACUAAACUUGUAACAUGGUACAAAUCUUGUUAUAUUUCCCCCGUUCUUCCUUUGGCCCAUUUCCCAGACAGAAUUUCCCAUGGGCUGAGAGAUCAAGUCUUUGCACUUUUUUCCUUGUUUUCCAUAGUCUGAAAAAUCUUUAAGUCAGACAGGAGGCACCAGUGUCUCAUCCAAUAGAAAGAUGAGCCAGAUGCCUAUAAGUGGUUUAUCCCAGACACAUUCUUAAUUCCGACCCUGCACUUUCUCAAUACUUCCGUGCACAGGCAUUUAUAGAUAUACUGAUAAUUUGACCUAAAAACUAAAUGUAUUGAAGCCUAAACUUUAGUGAAGAUGAAGAGAGGUACAGAUGAACUACUGGAAUAAUUGUUACAUUAGGUGGAAUUAUUUUAAAUUGCUGAUAUUUGACUGUCUUAACCUACAAAAUAGCAGUUUCAUAUAGCUCAACCUAAUAUGUUGUGGAAAUCAUACUUGGAAUUAUCUUCUAGCCCUUUUGAUUGAAAGAGACAGAAUUAAAGGGUGGAAGAGGUCUCAAAAGGCUGCUUAGGUCUCUACUUAGAUCAUACCAGCUGGUUGUUGGCCUUAUUCUUGGAGUCCAGAGUUGUGUUCCAAUAAACCAGCAAUUAAUACAUGGUUGUAGGUAUGUCUGGCUUCACAAAAAGAACCCUUGAAAGGUUAUUUAAGAAAAAAAUCACCAUUUGCUAAAUCAGAUACUUGUAAAAAACAGUGAUGGGAAUAUGUUAUUUAAAGACUCCUAGAGUAAAUACAUCCUUACAGAACCAACAGCCACUCCCAGACUCACCUGGUCUGCAAACCAUGAUUUUCAUACAUCAAGUUUGACUAAAGCUUGAUAUUCUUUCCUGAGUCCAGUUCAUUUUCAUCCCCUGAGAUUUCAUUUAAUGUUCAUUGUUUUUGAAAUUAUGAAGUAGCCCAAUUUGGCAGCUUUCAGCUUCCCGUCUCUGCCUUGUCCCACCCUCCAACUAUGUUGAACUGUAGCUCCAAUCUAGUUCUUACUAAUUCAUGCAAAGUUAUUAACUGAUAAGCCCAACCUUG